AAAUACCCAGAAAGAAUAUCGGGGAGCAGAGAGUCACACGACUAGGUCGGAGAUCCAGACAGACAUGCAUGCCAGCCAGGGGCAGACGACACGUGCUAGAUGGUUGGAGGAAGGGAAAAUCGGCUGAUUAUAAUUCCGAACGUGUUCUACUACAUUUUUUCGUUUAUGGGGAAUGAAGUGUUAGAUACGGCAUUCAGUUUACCAGUCGACCGUGCUGGGCUGACAAGAGUGUGUUUUUUUUUCUCGUGGCAACAAGAUAGUGGCUUCUUUGGAAUUUGUGGUUCUUAUUGAAUGCUUGCCAAAACAGUGGUUUUGGAAUUGGAAUGAUGUGAAAAGUUGUUCCUUUCGGCAGCGAAACAUUGAACUUGAUGCAAACGUAACAUUUCAUAGGUUCGCGUUUGAUUUCUUUCCUCAACAUUAACCUUACGUAGUUUAACCCAGAUAAGUUUAUGAGAAAAAUUUAUUAACAGAGAGUUGGGAACCAUGAUUGAAACGAACAGUGAUGGGCACUCAUUAUUCAAUCAAUCUAAUUAAGCAUUUGAUUGACACGUUGAUGAUAAGCCAAUAAUAGAAUGCAUCGACAUUAUCUUUUCCUUCUUAUCUUUCUAAAGUGAAUUAAAAAUAUUUACUCUGUCCAUCUCUUCAGUUCUACUCAGACUAGAGGUUUGUUAACAUGGGACUAACUAUUCGAUCCAUGUUUAAAUUAGCAUUAUUUUUUAUAUUCGUGAGUUGUUUAACAUGUGUUGACGAAAGUUUAUUCAAAAAAUGUAAUCAAAGUGCGUUCUGCAGUCGCUUUCGUCGCCUCGAACCUCAGCAAAAUCGUUUCAAGCUAUUCACAAACACUUCCACCCUAACUGACAAUGUCUUAACAGUUGAUCUUCUCAACACAGAAACUAAUCAUUGGUACACGUUGAGCCUAAGUGCAGUCUAUCCGAGGAUCUUCCACUUUGAAAUCGACGAAAAACAUCCCCUUAGCGAACGUUACCGCGUGAGACAUGCUUUGGCGGAGGAUCUUAUUUCACGGGAAAUUCUGGUAGAUGAAAUUACGGAUCAAAAAAUCGUGAUCAGCGAAGGAGACAAGACGGCAAUCGUUCAAGCCGAUCCGUUUAGGAUUGAUUUCUACUAUGGCGGCACGUUGAUGACCUCGGUGAAUGCUAACGGACAACUGCAGUUUGAACACUUGAGAUUGAAGCCCGAAAAUCCUCCCGCAGGAGAGUGGGAAGAAGAGUUCAACGGGUUUGUGGACAGUAAACCGAGGGGUCCAGAAUCGACGGGACUAGACUUUACGUUCCCACAAGCUGAUGUUUUGUACGGAAUUCCGGAACAUGCCGACGAUUUCAUUCUGAAAGAUACCACAAAAGGGGACAGUGAUCCGUACCGUUUGUACAAUCUGGAUGUGAACAGCUACGUGGUGAACAGCAAAAUGGCCCUGUACGGAUCCGUUCCGGUUUUGUACGGUCACGGAGUUGAUGGAAGCAGUGGAUUGUUCUGGCAGAACGCAGCUGAGACGUGGGUAGACAUUGUUUUGGGAAAUGCUCCUUCAGCUAACUUUAUUUCGGAAAGUGGCAUAAUCGAUGUGUUUAUCCUGCUUGGAACCUCACCAAUCGCAACGUUCCGACAGUUUGCGGCACUGACCGGGUCGGCACCGUUGCCACAGAUGUACGCGCUUGGAUAUCACCAGAGUCGAUGGAAUUACGACAAUGACUCCGAUGUUGCAAUGAUCGAUUCAAAGUUCACUGAGCAUAGCAUCCCACUGGAUAGUGUUUGGCUGGACAUUGAGUACACAGACGAAAAACGGUACUUCACUUGGGAUCAUGCCCGAUUUCCGAAUCCACUGGAAAUGAUUAACAACUUGACAGAGAACGAUCGACAUCUUACGGUAAUUAUCGAUCCUCAUGUUAAAGUUGAUGAACAUUACUUCUUCCACAAAAAUUGCACUGCCAACGAUUAUUACGUGAAAGACAAAGAUCGCAACGACUAUCAAGGCUGGUGCUGGCCAGGUCUUUCAAGCUACACGGACUUCCUAAAUCCGCACGCCAGCAAGUACUACGCCGAUCAGUUCCUACUGACAAACUUCAAGGAAUCGACACGUGAGGUUGGGCUAUGGAACGACAUGAACGAGCCGUCAGUGUUCAACGGACCAGAGAUCACUAUGCAAAAGGACAACAUUCACUUCGGUGGUUGGGAACAUCGUGACAUUCACAACAUAUUCGGCCACUACCACGUAAUGGCCACCCACGACGGAUUAAUCAGACGUAGCGAGGGUGCCGUAAGACCUUUCGUCCUAACAAGAGCAUUCUUCGCGGGAACGCAACGCUAUGCUGCCGUCUGGACCGGUGACAAUACGGCAGAAUGGAGCCACAUGCAGGCCUCGAUCAAGAUGUGCCUCUCGCUGUCCGUAUCCGGAAUCAGCUUUUGUGGCGCAGAUGUUGGUGGCUUCUUCAACGAUCCGAGCGCGGAACUCAUCGCGCGUUGGUAUCAACUGGGUGCAUUUCAACCAUUUUUCCGUGGACAUUCUCACGAAGCAACUCACCGGCGGGAGCCCUGGCUGUGGCCAGAACAGACCAAGCAAAUCAUCCGGAAUGCUAUCGAAAAGCGAUAUCGACUGCUUCCUUUCUUGUACACAUUAUUCUACGAGCACGAGCGUUUCGGCCGUCCCGUUAUGAGACCUCUCCUGGCACACUACCCUUGGGAUCCGGAAACAUUCAGGCUGGAAACCCAAUACCUGAUAGGCGAUCAGCUUCUUGUUGCACCGGUCCUGGAAGCUGGUCAACAUAACGUUAACGUGUAUUUCCCCCAGAGAAAUGACAGCCUUACAGAAAUCUGGUACGAUCUCGACAACUACAACAAGUACAUCCAAUCCGGAUACGUUGAAAUUCCCGUUGAUAGUAACAAGAUUCCGGUGUUUCAACGUGGAGGCACAAUCAUUCCAACCAAGUCGACCGUACGUAAGUCAACUGUAGCGAUGAGAGGAGACCCAUUCACUUUACUCGUUGCUCUGGAUGCACGUGGCCAUGCCAGGGGAGAGCUAUACGUGGAUGACGAACAAAGCUUCGAAUAUCGUUAUGGAAAGUAUCAGUAUUUGGAGAUUGAAUUCUACAACAAAGUUCUUUCGUUGAGGAAAAUCGACACGGAUGCCUUUCUCAACAAGGAUAUUGUAAUUGAUCGGAUCGUAAUCGCCGGGCUUGCGGGUGUCUCAAAAACGGCCAAAGUUUACUCCGCUAGCGGAAUUGAGAAAAAAGUUACAUUAUCUGAACAUGAAAAUUUCAAAUCCAUUGACGUAGCCAAUUUAUUGUUCGAAGAUUUAAUGACAAUUGUGUUUAACUAGAUUAUAAAACAAUCAAUUGUACAAGUGAAUGCAAAGCGACGAGUUGUUUAUUUUAGUUCCGCUAUAUAUCACAAUUCAUUAUAUUUUUUAAAGUUAACAUAAAAAAUAAAUAUCAAAGCAUUGAAAUAUCAAUCAA